AUGGCUAAAGGGAAAGGGGAGUCGGGAUCUAGUCGGGUUAAGUCCCUUAACCCGAUUUCCUCUACUGUUGGAGAUCCGGCGAUGUUUAUUGAGCUCGCCGGCUUACCGCCGUCAGCGGAGGUGAAGAUUCCUGGUGAGGACGAAGAAGCUCUCGACUGCCCGGAGGGGUAUGUAGUCAUGUACGAGUAUCCGUUCACAAUUGGCUUUAAAUUUCCUUUUACGCCGCUAGCUAGGUCUUUCAUUGAGGAGUGUUGUCGGUAUACGCUGGUUACGAAGAAGGGGAAGAAGAAUUUAGGUGUUGGGUUAGCUGUGAACGACAGGGGUUGGCAAAGUCGUUUUGUCUAUGUGAACAAGGAUUCUCUGGGAGAGAAGGGACAUUUUUUGGUUGAAGGGUGGACGACGAAAGUUGUCAAGGCAUCGUCGUUGGCUGAGUUGAACGUUGAUUCCCACGACAAGUACCAGAAGUUUUUGGGCUAUUCUAUCGAGGACAGGUCUUUCAGUCGUGACGGUGGUCGUUUAGACGGGCAGGAGGAAACUCAAACGGGCGACGUCGAGGACGAAGAAGAGGAGGAGGGAGAGGAGACAGAUCGCUUGGUUCGUCGUCGAAAGAGGUUGGAUUUAACUAAGGAGGUGGUAGCAAAUUCGUCAUCUGCUGAAGGGGAAGACGACAUGGCUGAUACUUCAGAGCAUACGUUGUCUUCUAAGCCGGUGGCGAGAAUGUCGCAGAGCGAGAUGAUGGAAAGGGCUAGGAAACGUCUGAGGUCAACUGCUGCUGGUGGGCAGAGUUCGUCUGCCGUGUCUGGCAGUCGGGCUAUGCCUAUCGUCCCUCGUCACUCUAAGAUAGGUGCGUCACCUGAAACGCCUGUCGUCAUAGGAGUCGAAGGUUUUCACCCUAUUGCUUCCUCGUCUCCACCAAAGCCGUUCAAGGAGUUGUCGACUGCUGUCGAUGUCGGCAAGGUUCCUGCUGCGUCGGCCAAGAAGUGCCCUGCUGAGAAGAGUUCUGUCGAGGAUACAAUUAUCUCUCUGCCCCCACGCUUCUUGGGUGAUGGCGAGGCUGCUGUUGUUUGGCCUUACGCGGAUCGGUUGAUUUUACCUUCGACGUAUCAUCGUUAUAAUGAGGUGGAGCCCCUUUCUGUCGCGUCGGACGCUGGUGAACUUAGCUUGCGGGUGAGUUUAUUUUAUUUGUACUCGUCGUGUGUUAAUUUAUAUCGUUUUAACUUUCGACGACUUGUUGUGUUUUGUAGGCGUCCCAAGCUGCUUUGGCCGUGCGUAGGCAAUGUUCGCUGCUGUGCAACGAGCUGUCUAGCGCUAGCAAACUGGUGGCGGCGACGAAGAAGGCUGCCGGUUUUUGGGAGGCUAAGUGGAAGGUAG